CGCUGCUCCUAUGCAGUGAGUGACUGGCGGUCACAUUCAUUUUUACGUUCACGGUUCAUUUUCAAAGCGAUGGAGUCGAUCGACAUGGAGGCCGGCACGGAAGGAAUGCUCACGGACGUGGGCUUCAUGUUUGACGCAUGUCUCGAGAAGGUCACAUGCCGUUACGAGUACGGAGCCAACGCCGACGUGUCGGUGCUGCUCACGUACGCCAAGGAGGAGCCCGGCGCACUGCAGAGCGGUCACUACGUGUGGCCCGCGGCGCCCGCGCUCUGCGAGUACUUGACCAAACACCGCGACAUUAUUCCGAACGGCAACGUGGUAGAACUGGGCGCUGGCUGCGGGCUCACGGGUCUGGCUGUAGCCCAGCUGCGACCCGAAGCCACCGUGAUCUUCACAGACCACGAUCCCGGUGUGCUCAAGGUCAUCGAGCACAAUGCCGGCCAGCAGGAGCGUGCGCAGGCCACAUGCCUCACGCAGAGUCUGCGCUGGGGACCAGACGGCGCAAAGGAGAUCGAGGCGCUAGAGAAACUACAGGCUGGGCCGGUGGGUAGCAACCGCAUCACGGAGCUUAUCGUCGGCUCAGACGUCAUCUAUGCUCGCGAGGUAGUGCCACUGCUCUUCUGGACGGUGGACAGGUUGCUGUCCCCCGGCGGCGUGUUCCUCAUGUGCUCGAGCUUCGGCUACGACGACGAGACAGAGAAGGAGAUUGACGUGCAGAGCGCCAAGUGCGGACUUAAGAGGGAGAUCAUCCAGUGCUCGCUGAACGGAGGAGGGACCAGGAUCCAGUGCUUCACACGAACAACUACCAGAUAAAGAGACGAGGAGCGGCUCGCUGCCGGUGCUAGACAAGAGAGAGAGGAUCGCAUUGCCGGGAGGAUUCACUCAGGACGGCCAGGCACAAAUGUUCAAUGCAAACAACACGCUUCUAUCAAUCUUUCCACCUUAUUCAGUAGCAAAAGCAUAGAGCUUGUGCUGGACGAUAUAGUCCAGCACCGCUGG